GCUUUUGGUCACAUGUCAGGCACCGUCGUCAUGGCAACUGUAAACUCGCAAGUGCGCUCAGAGUUGUGUGAAGAUGUUUCACGUGUAAACUGAACUGAAAGUAAACCUGAACAAGACGAGACGCAACGAUGUCUGACGUUGGAUCUGAUGAGUUCGAGGAUGAUCGCAGUAAACUGGGGGAAUACGAAGGUGACAGAAAUGAAGCAGGGGAGAGACAUGGAGUCGGUAAAGCUGUCCUGCCCAACGGGGACACUUAUCAGGGACAGUAUGAGUUCGGCAAAAGACACGGACAGGGGACAUACCACUUCAAGAAUGGAGCGAGAUAUGUGGGAGACUAUAACAAGAACAUGAAACAUGGACAGGGCACUUUUUACUAUCCAGAUGGCUCUAAAUAUGAAGGGUCGUGGGUAGAGGACCUGAGACACGGUCAUGGUAUCUACACUUACCCCAACGGAGACACGUAUGAUGGACAGUGGCUGCGUCAUAUGAGGCACGGUCAGGGCAUUUACCACUACCAUGAAACUGGCUCAAAGUACAAGGGCUCAUGGGUGGAUGGCAAAAUGGAGUCAGCGGGAGAGUACAUCCACUGUAACCACCGAUACGAGGGUAACUUUGCCAACAAUAAUCCCUACGGCCCAGGAAAGUAUGUGUUUGAUAUUGGGUGUGAGCAGCUCGGUGAAUUCCACCAAACAGAGCAGGAUCAAGCUGAGGGUGAAUGGGGCGAGUUGGGGUCCAGUGGCGUCCUCAAGUGGGUUCCCAAGGCCAUCACAGGCCUGACAGUGUGGACUCCAGGCAAAGAGACGUCAGCUGCGGAAAAAGAAACGGCUUCGGCAGAAGACGGAGAAAAGAUCUGAUCUGUGUGAUCGAUAGACUGCCUUUGUUUCAACAGUAAAACAUAAAUAAACUCAUCAAUAUGUAAGCA